AUGAAUUGGAUUUGGGAGCGGCGGCGGCAGAGUAAGGGUUGGAUACGGCGGGUUUGGGUUUGGAGUUGGUAUCGGGUCCGGUUCCCUUUCCUGCCAACGGAGGCGGCGCUGGAGGUGGGAGUGGCGGCGGUGGCGGAGAAGGAUAUGGCGGGGGAAGUGGGAGUGCAGGCGGUGGGGGUGGAUUUGUCGGUGGAGCUGGGAGUGGGAACGGUAACGGUCAAGGGUUUGGCUCGGAAGCUCGUAGCGGCAGCGACGGUGGGGGAUUUGGUGCCGGAGGUGGGAGCAGAAGUGGUAGCAGUGAAGGGUCAGGUUGGGGAGUUGGGAGCAGUAGUGGUGACGGCGACAACGAUGAAGGAUCUAGCUGGGGAUGUGGCAAAAGAAGUGGUGGCGGCGGGUCUGGUGGUUUAG